GACUUGUCUGUAAAGUUCACAGAAAAAUACUUAAUGGCUUACUCAGUGUAAAGAGCAGCUGGAGCACGGGAAAAUAUGAUUCAAAAUUAUGACAUCAACUUUGGUUGGACAAAACAUUUUAUAUGAUGACAAAUUGUGCGUGUAAUUAUACUUUUUAAAUAUUGACGUAUAAUUAAGGUGUAAAUGCAAUAUUAUAAUUUGGUGUUUUGGCAUAAUAGUAAAAUCUAAUAAAAGUGUGUAAUUUUAUGAUUAUAAAAUACGACUUCACCACAACCAAUUCAGACCUCACAUUUGAUUUUGUAAGUGUAUGAUCAUCAUCACCACCACCACCACCUGAAGUCCACAUCAUCAUUGUCUAAUAGAGCGUGAUCAACGUUAUUAUAAUGUAACACAUGUAACAUCGCACGUUGCUGCCUGUUACUACUUUCUUUCCUACUCCACCACCUGUUUGCCGUAUCUUGAGCACUGCUAGUGGUCAAAACAAUCCUCACAUGAAAAUUCAACAUGGCGGCGCCCUUUAGGACAUUGUGUAGUACAGCUUUGAGGCAUUCCAGUCGUUGUUUUACUACGACUUGUGGGGCACAGGCUGGAAUCAAGUGGAGGACAGAAAAUGGUCUUGCCCGCAGUGGAACAGAGUAUGGCCCCCUGACAGAUUUCCCUGACUGGUCCUUUGCAGAUGGCCGGUCGGCACCCCCACUGAAAGGACAGCUGAGGAGAAAACAGGAGAGAGAGACGUUAGCAAGACGUGUAGUGAGUCUAAGCUCUGAGGUGGAUAAAGGGAUGGAAGUGUGGAGGGAGAAACGGGAAGAAGCUAAAAGGAUGGAGGAACGCAAUAAUUCUCUUCUGCUAAAACCCAAAGGGAACCUUUUAUUGAGGAAAAAUAAAUAAGAAAUCUUAUUUUCCAUUCUAGCUUACAUUACUUAUUAACAAAAUGGUGGAGUUGGUGUAUGGCUUUGUCUUGCUGUUAUUGUUUGUAUUACUUAUUUUGCCCUUUUCAAUGUUUUCCAAAAAUAAACUUUAAUGUAUAUCCACAA